AAUAAAAUAAUAAUAAUAACAAUAAGAGAUCUUCUUUUUUUUUUUUAUUUGUAAAUAAAAUAAUAAUAAAAAUCAUCAUCAUCUACAUGAAGAUAAAAAUCUAUGACUAAUCUAUCACAAUCUUCCAAUCAUCUAACAUCCAUCACCACAAAUCAACCAGUACCACUAGAAUAUGAUCAUCACCCAUUAUCCCGUCCACCAAGCUACAAGUUAGAUACACAGAUUGACCUUGAUGCUUUGGAAACCCAAUUGAUAUCCUAUCUUCAAACUCAAAAGAAAGUUCCAUUUUGGCGACGUCAAUUUUAUGGAACAGCUUUGGUGUUUUGGUUGGUAUGUUUUGUUCUUGUUGGUAUCAUAUCCUUAUUCAUUCCACAUGCUCCACCACUUGUCAUGUUACUAUGGCUUCCAUUGGUCUUGUACUUUGUCAUACUACUUCUCCUUCAUAUUAUCUAUAAACAAAGUAGGUUAAAGUUAGAAUACGUUCAAUAUCAGUUAGCUGGUAUUCGUCAAUAUCGUCAUCGUGCAAUAACACAAGUCAGAGAAUAUCCAAAUGAUCUUUAUUUUCUACAUUAUAUUUCAAUCCAACAUACCCAUCCAAUCACUACUCUUUUACCACCUCCUCCAACUUAUCAAAAAGCAAUUAUUCAGGAGUGAAUUGUUAACAAAGAAUAAUA